CACCCCUGGCAGCCAUCGCACCUUCAGAUUCACGCACCAGUUACAGAAGUUAAUGCUUCUCUGCCACAGUCAACAAGAAGAAAGCGAAGCCAAUCACAGCCAUGAGAGCCGUCGUUCAGCGCGUCGCCUCCGCAAGCGUCCAGCACUCUUCCAGGUCGAAGGCCGCAUUGUGUCUGAGAUUGGACCGGGCCUUCUCGUCCUUGUUCGCCUCCACGAUUCCAAUUCCGACGCCGAUGCCGACUACAUAUGUCGUAAAGUCUUGAACAUGAGAUUGUUCCCCAAUGAAAGUACAGGCAAAGGAUGGGACCAAAGUGUAAUGCAGAGGAAUUAUCAAGUUCUAUUAGUGAGUCAAUUUACCUUGUAUGGAUUCCCGGAGGGAAACAAGCCAGAUUUUCACGUUGCAAUGCCACCUCAAAAAGCGAAGCCCUUUUAUGCAUCUUUGGUUGCUAGAUUCAGGAAUGCCUAUAACACUGAUGCAAUAAAAGAUGGAGUUUUUGGAGCAAUGAUGAAGGUCAGUUUGGUUAAUGACGGACCAGUAACAAUGCAGCUUGAUUCACAAUCUCCAAAGAAUUCAGUUGAUGCCACAGAAUCUUGAUGAAGUGGCUGGCCUGCUUUCAUAAAAAAAGGACCUAACUCAUCGGAUUUGAGUUAGGGAAAAUAUACGGAGGCCUAGGAUUGUGGAGUAAUCCUCUAUAUGCCUCCUUUUUGUUGUUUCAUGUGUUUGCCAACUAGGAACAUUUGAUGAUAUUUUUGCACUACUUGCAUUAUUUUGUGUACAACUCAUGUAUUUUGUGCCCUGAUUCAGUGAGUCUUGGUUGUAAACCUGUAGAUAUGACAAAAAUACUUGUGCAAGUAUAAAUAUAUGUAUUUUGAAAGAAUUAGAAUGAAAUUGAUGAAUUUGUGCAACACUUCCUCCCCUUUUGUGUUUUGUGAAAAUUAGGGUUGAGUGGUGAUUUUGCGAUAUAAGUGUUUUUAAUUGUAUGUGGUGCGUUGCAUGGGUUCGUAAGAGUCUAUUGAGUAUGGUUGGAUGGUCGAUGUGAGUUAUUAGCACGUGUGGUUGAAUUGGGACACCCAUCUGUAAAAUUUUGUAAAAAAGUAGUCAAAAAUGGGUUUUGGUGUCUAACUUUUUAUAGAGUAAGAGUUAGAUUAUGAAAUCGGUACCAUUAGCUAGAGCAAGAAGAAAACUUUGUGUAGACACCAAAACCACGUCAACCAGAUAUCAAACAGAGAUUUAGGACACGUCGAAAGCUUGAAACAUUCUUACUCUGCUAAACACACUUAAUAAAUAAAACUCAUGGUAAUCGAGGGAUUAGCUUCAAAGAAUGAUUACCAAGGUUUAAUCCAAAAGGAAAGGAUCUUAAGUUUUUUAAAUAGAAACGAGAUAAAAAUUGAUCAAAACCUUUCAUAUUAGAGUAAAAAUAAGUUUUGAAAGCAUGGAAUACCUUAGAGGAGUGAAAGAAGUCGAAAACGAUUGAAAACAAAUUAUAUACUGAAAUACAGAGCAAUGUGCCGCAGCGGAUGCACUUUGCGCCACGGCGUGUUGCUUUUUAUGCCACACGCUGCGAUUCAAGCUCCAUGUGCUGCAGCACAAAAUUCUACCGGUUCUGCUGUCAGUUGACAGUAAAAUCGAGAAAACUUUCGACUCACCCCAAUUCUCCAUCCGACGUCCGAAUGACGUGAUCUAGGUAUCUACAGAAAGCUCUUUUCCUGUACUAACUUAUGGCAUGGGUUUUACUUCCAAAAUAAGAUACACUAAGAAGUUGGACAUUCAAACACAUUUUAACCACUUUUUAACAUUUUUACACAAAAUGGGUGUCCAAAACCCUCAACAAGUACCAAAUGCUUUUCCUAACACCUGGACCAUGUCCAAUGGACUUAGGACUACUAGUACAACACAUCACAAGCAUCGAAACAUCAGUAUAACUAAAAUUUACUCCUCUACCUCAAUUUACUAAAAACAAAAGGGGAGGUAAUUUGCCAUUGCAUUUAACUCAAAUCGUUCAAAACAUGCUCAGAUCUUCAUUUCUACACUUGCACUAGUAUUUUGGCCCUAUAAAACAUAUAUAUGUCAACAUAUACAAAAGCUAAGGGCCCAAAAUAUAAUUCUAACAUUUUCAACCACCAAAAUAGUACAAGUGAGGUAAUAUGCAUCUUAGAAUUGGCAAGUCAUAUACUAUUACACAAUUAAAGC